ACCAAUAAGAUGAUUAUGUAUUUAAAACCAUCAUAACUAUAUUUUAAUUGAUUGUUAUUGGAGCUAGUAAUUCUACUGGAGUAAUGAUCCUACAACUUAACAAAUAGGAAAUACAAAGAAAAUAUCUUCUCUCCUUCGUAACGUUUGAACUUUUUCCAGAGGGAAUUGAUAUUUUUUUGGGUUGAAUUUUUUAUUUUAUGAUCAAUUUUACCUUCUGUUUUGUCGGAUUUUAGUUCGUUUAGACGAAUUUUGUUUUGGAUGAGCUUCUUGUAAAGCAUCAGAAAGCUUGCACCUGGACGAACAUGAACCAACACAUAGUUUUUCUCUAUUUAUGCUUUUAUAAAAAAAUUUGUUUUGUUGAACUUCACUUUUUAUAUCUGAUACCAAUUCUCUCAGUCCGUUGGACUUACUAAUAGAACGUUUUUUUGAAAGAUUUAUUAACAGAACUUUUUUUUUUUGUAAAAAAACUUAUUAAUAGAACUUGGUCGACAAAAAAAACAACUACAAAAAUAGGUACUGCAAAUGAAAGAUAAUUGCAAAGAAUCAAUCAAAACUAUUAUCUUCAGAUGAAGAUGUAUCCAGACUGAUCAUGAUCAUAAAUCAAUGUGAGAGAGACAACAUUCUCACGAUAGACCUUUAUAUAUCAAUAGUGUUGCUGCAUUCCAGUUAUAUUAAUAAUAUUUAUUUGUUUUUUUUUUUAAUUUACGUUCUUUUACAUUCUAAGCAUUGUAUAUCCAUUAGCCAUUAGGCAUUAACUAAUGAUAGUUCUAAAAAAAAUUAAAACACAUGUUUUUGGACUCAUUUUCAAGGGAGAGGAACCAUUGUGGCUAACUGGCUAUAGUCAACAGAUGUACAAAAAAUUGUCAGGGUUACACAUUAGUUUCUUUUAUUAACUAUAUUUUUAUAGAAAAGUGGAGAUCAUGUAAUUAGACAUCGUGAACUUACGUCGCAUCUUGGUUGAUAGCACGAUAACCAUAUGUAUAUACCAUGUAGUCUUAUUAUAUAAGAUAAUAUAAUAUUUUCUUACGUGGAAUAUGACAUAUUUCUACAAUCCCUCAUAUUAAAAAACUGGAAAAAACUAUAUUCCCCGAAUUAAUCCGUCUGCAUCUCACCUUUAAUAUAAGCCAAUGUCUCUUAACAACUUCACAAUGACACUACCAUAAUAAAAAAAAUUCACAGUCAUUUAGCGAAUGAAGGAAAAUAAAUAGAUAUAAUGAUAUAUAAAAUUACGUCCUCAUUUAGCGGUCUUUCCUGUUUUCUGUUACAUCCAAUUGUCCGGAUAAAGAAAUUAAGAAAAAACGAAAAAACCAUAGUCUAAUUCAAGAAACACACACAAUACACAAAAGAGGAAGAAAGAAGAAAACACGAUCUCUAGGUCUUGUUCAUCCGUGUUUCAGAUCUAGUGGUCGGGAAUUCGAAUGGAUCAAAGAACAGGUGAUCCAAGAAUAUACAUCGUCACUCUUCUCUUUCUUUCAUGCAUCCUCACAGGAGGAGUCCUUCUCGGGCUUUACCUCGUCCAACAUGAUCCAAAUCCUCUGUUUCUACAAGCGGGUAUGUUCUUCGUUGGUAUCCCUUGGUUCUUCUGGUUCUUGGCUUACAUCUACUCUUGUCUCCUCAAGCCUUGCAUCCUCUCCAUAAGCCAAAGAGUUUCCAGAUUCGAUCCGGAGAAAGGCCAGGAGGAGGAGGAGGAGAAGAACAAUAGAAGCAUCACGGAAAUCGCCAUGUCGGAUUCACAUCCCGUGGCUGCGGUGGAGCUGGGGAAUUCGCCGAGUGAUGGUGAGAAGCACGUGCAGUUCGGGAAUGUGGUGGUUCUUGGAGAUGAAGGAGGAGUAAAAGCAGCAGAAGAGGAUCUAAAUGAGAGAAGUACUAAUAAACUGAUUCCGGAUCAUAUGAGAAUGGGAGACGAAGGUAAUCAAGAACAUCAUGACGAGAGUGGCGUUGAUAAGGAUUGCGAUAGAACUCCUUUGAGAUUAUCCGUGGGGAACAGAUGAUCUGAUACUGAAUGAUCAGGAACUGAUCGUCUUUUUGGGUUGUUAACUAUGGUUUGAACAAAGAGGAAAGGCUUUGGAAAAAGCUGAACCCUAAUAGACGUGUGAGACAAGGAACAUUGUUUUUGAGUAUGAACUUAAAUAACAUGUGAAAGUCCAUAGAAGAUUUUGUUUUGUUUUAGCUUU